GCUUGGCGGUCGCGCAGCCGCAGUGCUACAAACUGCCUCGGCCCUCCGUCCUCCUUACCUCCUCCCAUCAUGUCCCCCUCGCCAGUAAUGCCUACCUUCUCCCCCCAUGCGCGCGCCUUCGUCGACUCCGCGGCCUACCUCCUUGCGCGCGACGCGGGAUCGGAUCUGACGCCCAACACGACGCAGAGGAAUACGCUCAUCGUCGCCGCGGUGUAUAUUCUCGUGAUCGCGAUUCUGUGGCACGUUCCGUAUCUGAAUAUGAUUAUUUAUCCGUUCAAGUUGCUAACAGUUGGUUUUCAUGAGAUGAGCCACGCCUUCGCGGGCCUCCUCACCUGCGCGCACAUCCACUCGAUCGAACUUGACCCGAACGAAGGUGGUGCCACCUCAAUGUCUGGCGGCAUAUCCUGGAUCACUCUCCCCGCGGGGUACCUCGGGUCUUCCUUCAUCGGCGCCUGCCUAAUUGCGUGCGGCUUCAACACCAACGCGAGCAAGGUCGCCUCCAUCGUCCUCGCUGUAUUCUUCCUGUUCACCUUGUGGUGGGCAAGGAGAGAUUGGCUAACAUGGGUCCUCAUCCUUGGCAUGUCCGGCCUGAUCGUACUCUUCUGGUUUGUGGCGGGCGGUGUAGCACUGAGGUAUCUGGUCCUCUUCAUCGGCGUUAUGUCCUGCCUCUACGUCCUCUGGGAUGUCGUUGAUGACACCAUAUCCCGAAAGAUAAACUCGUCCGACGCAUCCCAGUUCGCCAAGAUCUGUGGCUGCUGUCCGUCGCAGGUCUGGGGCGUCCUCUGGCUCCUCAUCGCCUUCGUGUUCUUCGCGCUCGGCAUCAUCGUCGGGUUGGCUGCGUUCAAGGAAACCGCCGCCGAGCAAGCCGAGGACUCAGAGCACUUCCUCCCCGUCCCAGGAUCCGACAACGGCGCUGCAAGUCUUGGGAGCCCGAUAGGGCUGUCGUUGACCUUGCUCGCUGUUGGGGUGAACGCUGUGUUGGCGUUGUAGGCCUCGGCGGCGUUGUUAGCCUCAUCACGAGCCCCCUGCUGCGAGCUGCGAGCUACCACCAACUCUAUCUUGUAUGUAUAACAUCCCGCGUGCGCCACGAAGCGCCGCUGCUAUGUCACUAUCUAUUGAAACGGACUUCGCUAACGUUGACGAAUUAUCUCAGUACCCUCUACGGUAUACCACGUUGUUUAUAAUGAAUGAUGAUACCCCGCCUGUGCGAGGUGUGUAGCGCGUGUGCUGGACAUUGAACAGCCGGGUAUGUGUAGUGCAAGUGUGGUGGUAUAGGUUGGUAUCAUAUCCUGGGUAUAUCCCGUCCACUCUCCGUGCGUCGUCCUAACGACCAUCCUCUUACCCCUCUCCCUCACCCUUCAUACCCUCCCUUUCCCUCCUCGCCUCCUACCCCCUCUUCCCCAUCCCCCACCCCUCCU